ACUUGCAUUCACUCCAAACGACCCCUACUAGGAGUAAUUAUUUUCUCUUCCAUUUCUUCUUUCCCCAGCGCACUAAUCCCAAAGAGACCCUUUGCCCUUUUCCCCCUCUCUGUUUCGCUUAAUUAAUUCCUCCCUGCAAAAGUAGUUCAAAAAAAAAGAAACAAUAAAUAUCAAACACCCAAUCACUACGUACUAUCUAGUCCAUUACCCAUAUCAUAUAUACUCCCCAACAAUCCAUCAAUUUCAACACAGAAAAAGAAACAGGGGACUACGUAAAAGAGACAAAAUGGAGAAGGGAAGUGAUGGGUUUGUUAGAGCUGAUCAAAUUGAUUUGAAGAGUUUGGAUGAACAACUAGAAAGGCACCUUAACAAAGCAUGGACUGUGGAGAAGAGCAACAACAAUAAUAAGAAGAAACCAUCGGAUGAUUCGUGCAUUAAUUACUCUACUGCUACGGCAGCAGCAGCUACCGUCACGGCCGCUGCUCCUCUCCCUCUAUCUAAACCCAGGCAAAGACAUGACUGGGAAAUUGACCCUUCAAAACUGAUCAUCAAAAGCGUCAUUGCUCGUGGCACUUUUGGUACUGUCCACCGUGGCGUUUACGACGGCCAAGAUGUUGCCGUGAAACUACUGGACUGGGGGGAAGAGGGCCACAGAACGGACGCUGAAAUAGCAUCACUAAGGGCAGCAUUUACUCAGGAAGUAUCAGUGUGGCAUAAGCUUGACCAUCCAAAUGUUACUAAGUUCAUUGGGGCAACUAUGGGCUCUUCUGGUCUCAAUAUACAAACAGAAAAUGGUCAUAUUGGCAUGCCUAGUAACAUAUGCUGCGUUGUUGUGGAAUACCUUCCGGGUGGUGCAUUAAAAUCUUACCUUAUAAAGAACAGAAGAAAGAAGCUAGCUUUCAAAGUUGUUGUGCAGAUGGCACUUGAUAUGGCCAGAGGGUUAAGUUACCUUCACUCUCAAAAGAUUGUGCAUAGAGAUGUCAAGACAGAGAAUAUGCUAUUGGAUAAGACGCGUACGGUAAAAAUUGCAGAUUUUGGGGUUGCUCGCGUUGAGGCCUCUAAUCCAAAUGACAUGACUGGGGAGACUGGAACCCUUGGAUAUAUGGCUCCUGAGGUUCUCAACGGCAAUCCAUACAAUAGAAAAUGUGAUGUGUACAGUUUUGGCAUAUGCGUGUGGGAGGUAUAUUGUUGCGACAUGCCAUAUCCUGACCUCAGUUUCUCAGAAGUAACUUCAGCUGUGGUUCGCCAGAAUCUGAGGCCGGAAAUACCAAGGUGUUGCCCGAGUUCCCUUGCUAAUGUAAUGAAGAGAUGCUGGGACGCCAACCCUGACAAGCGGCCUGAGAUGGACGAGGUAGUAUCCAUGAUAGAGGCUAUUGAUACGUCAAAGGGCGGAGGAAUGAUUCCCGUUGAUCAACAACAGGGUUGUUUCUGUUUCCGAAAGCAUCGUGGACCUUGAACCUUAUACCUCAAGCAGAUCAAGACAUACAAAAGUAGGUAAAUUCCAUCUCAAUUUCCAAAUAUUUGACAAAGGAAGUGAACUUGCGGACCUCCAGAGUAUUUGAACAGUUCUAUUGAGAAGCUAUGCUACAUACAUGCAUUUUUCUCUUGGUUUGAUGUAAAGGUUACUUCUGUUUUCUUUUUUCUUUUCUUUUUUUCUUUUUGCUUAUAAGAUCCCCAAUCUUAUUCUUUUCUUUUCUAUUUCUGCGAAAUUUUCAAAUAUGUCAUCAAUUUGACUUCUGUAGGUUGGUUGAUGGGAUUGACACUGCUUCCUUCUAUGUAUUGACAUUUAUUUUAUAACAGUAGUAGUCAUAAAAAUUGAGGCUAAAAUGAAA